GUCUAGGGACUUCCGGAGCUCGACCGGAACCGGAAGCUUCUGUGACCGAGUGGGUGGGGCCGAAAGUUAAAAAAAAAAGCGCGGUGAAGCCGGAGCUGGCAGGGUGGUGGUAAUCCCCGAGCUGGGCUGUGGCGGGUCCCGAUGGACUCCACCGCCUGCUUCAAGUCUUUGCUCCUGACCAUCAGUCAGUAUAAAGCCGUUAAGUCGGAGGCGAACGCCACCCAGCUUUUGCGGCACUUGGAGGUAAUUUCCGGACAGAAACUCACCCGAUUAUUUACAUCAAAUCAGAUACUACCAAGUGAGUGCUUGAGUUGCCUUGUAGAACUACUUGAAGACCCAAACAUAAGUGUGCCUCUGAUCUUAAGUAUCGUCAGUUUACUGUCUCAACUAGCUGUAGACAAUGAAACCAGAGACUGUCUUCAGAAUACAUACAACCUGAAUAGUGUGCUGGCAGGAGUGGUUUGUCGGAGCAGUACUUGCCACAGUGAUUCGGUAUUUUUGCAGUGCCUUCAGCUUCUGCAGAGGCUAACAUAUAACGUCAAAAUUUUCCAUUCUGGUGCAAAUAUAGAUGAAUUAAUUACAUUCCUGAUUGAUCAUAUUCAGUCUUCUGAAGAUGAGUUGACAAUGCCUUGUCUAGGAUUAUUGGCAAAUCUUUGUCGCCACAAUCUUUCUGUUCAAACGCACAUAAAGACUUUGAAUAAUGUGAAAUCUUUUUAUCGAACUCUCAUAAGCUUCUUGGCCCAUAGUAGUUUAACUGUGGUUGUGUUUGCACUUUCAAUAUUAUCCAGUUUGACAUUAAACGAAGAGGUUGGGGAAAAGCUGUUUCAUGCUCGAAACAUUCAUCAGACUUUUCAACUAAUAUUUAAUAUUCUCAUAAAUGGUGAUGGCACGCUAACUAGAAAGUAUUCAGUUGAUCUACUGAUGGAUCUUCUUAAGAAUCCUAAAAUUGCUGAUUAUCUUACCAGGUAUGAGCACUUUUCUUCGUGUCUUAAUCAAGUAUUAGGUCUUCUUAAUGGAAAGGAUGCUGAUUCUUCUUCAAAGGUUUUAGAAUUACUUCUUGCCUUCUGUUCAGUGACUCAGCUGCGCCAUGUGCUCACACAGAUGAUAUUUGAACAGUCUCCAUCUGGCAACACCAUUUUGGGAAGUCGUUCUAAAUGCUUAGAACCUACUGUAGUUCUACUUCGUUGGUCAAGUCAACCUUUGGAUGGAUCAGAAGACUGUUCUAUUUUAGCACUGGAGUUGUUCAAGGAAAUAUUUGAGGAUAUCAUAGAUACUGCUAACUGUUCCUCAGCCGACCGUUUUGUGACCCUUCUGCUGCCUACAAUCCUCGAUCAGCUUCAAUUCACAGAACAGAAUCUAGAUGAGUCUUUAAUAAGAAAAAAAUGUGAAAGGAUGGUCAAGGCCAUUGAAGUUUUGUUAACUCUGUGUGGAGAUGAUACUCUAAAAAUGCAUAUUGCAAAAAUUCUGACUACUAUCAAAUGUACCACUCUGAUAGAACAACAGUUUACAUAUGGCAAGAUUGAUCUGGGGUUUGGAACAAAGGUAGCAGAUUCUGAGUUGUGCAAACUUGCUGCUGAUGUAAUUUUGAAAACCCUUAAUUUGAUGAACAAACUUAAACACUUGGUUCCUGGUAUGGAAGUAAGCUUCUACAAAAUCCUUCAGGAUCCUCGCCUGAUUACUCCUUUGGCUUUUGCUUUAACAUCAGAUAAUAGAGAACAAGUACAGUCUGGAUUGGGAAUAUUACUGGAAGCUGCUCCACUGCCAGAUUUUCCGGCCUUAGUACUUGGAGAAAGUAUAGCAGCAAACAAUGCCUAUAGGCAACAGGAAACAGAACAUAUGCCCAGAAGAAUGCCUUUGCAAUCAUUAAAUCACAGUUUUCCAGCAUCAGUAAAAUGUUUAACUCCUCCAGUUUUGAAAGAUAGAGUUCCUGGAUUGAACAUUGAGGAAUUAAUAGAGAAACUUCAGUCUGGAGUUGUGGUAAAGGAUCAGAUUAAUGAUGUGAGAAUAUCUGACAUAAUGGAUGUGUAUGAGAUGAAAUUAUCCACAUUAGCCUCCAAAGAAAGCAGACUUCAAGAUCUCUUGGAAGCAAAAGCUCUAGCCCUUGCACAAGCUGAUAGACUGAUUGCUCAAUAUCGCUGUCAGAGAACUCAAGCUGAGACAGAGGCACGGACACUUGCUGGUAUGUUGAGAGAAGUUGAGAGAAAAAACGAAGAGCUUGGUGUGUUGCUGAAGUCACAACAGGUUGAGUCAGAAAGAGCCCAGAGUGAUAUUGAGCAUCUGUUUCAACAUAAUAGGAAGUUAGAGUCUGUGGCUGAAGAACAUGAAGUACUGACAAAAUCAUACAUGGAACUUCUUCAGAGAAAUGAAACUGCUGAAAAGAAGAACAAAGAUUUACAGGUCACAUGUGAUUCUCUGAAUAAACAAAUUGAGACAGUGAAAAAGUUGAAUGAGUCACUCAAGCAACAAAAUGAAAAAACGCUUGCCCAAUUAAUAGAGAAAGAAGAACAGAGAAAAGAAGUACAGAACCAACUAGUAGACAGAGAGUGUAAGCUAACAAAAUUGGAACAAAAAGUAAAAGUACAAGAAGAAAAGAUUAAAGUCUUACAAAGAGAAAGGGAAGAUAAAGAAGAAACCAUUGGUGUCCUUAGAAAAGAAUUAAAUAGAACAGAACAAAUAAGAAAAGAAUUGAGCAUUAAGGCUUCCUCCUUAGAGGUUCAAAAGGCCCAAUUAGAAGGUCGUUUGGAAGAGAAGGAGUCCCUGGUGAAACUUCAGCAAGAGGAGCUGAAUAAACACUCUCAUAUGAUAGCCAUGAUCCACAGUUUAAGUGGUGGAAAAAUAAGUCCAGAAACUGUGAAUCUCAGUAUAUAGACAUUAUGUAUUUAUCUACUGGGAAAGUGGGGUAGGGAAGGUAAUUUGUGACUCCAGAAUAAGAAGAGAUUAUUGUCUAAUUAUUAAUUUAGUAAAGAACCUGAUCUGA